AAAAGUGAAGUCGACCCAGCAGCCCUGUCCCGAGGGACGCUCCACGAAAGCGGAGGUGCAGGGAGGCCAGACCACAAUUCGCUGUAACGUGAGCCAAGCUCUGGCGGAAGGGCAGCCAGUGACCGAUCAAAGGGGUCAGCUCCGGGGCUUGGGAGAGACCGCGAGAGCUUCGCCCUCCUUAGGCUGAGGCAGUGGGCGUCCCGGAGGAGGUGUAAUUUGAGCAAAGCUUCCAAGGUCACGCGGAGACGCCCAAAGGCCUUUGACGAAAGAACUACUUCGGGGUUUGAAGGGCAGUCGUCCUUCUCGAGCACCGCUGCCCAACAAAGAAGGCGGGGAGGGGCGGGACCUGCGGCCGCGGCCGGGAGUCCACUCGGAAAUCUUCGGCCGAGGCUCGGCCACCCCUCCCCAACUCCGGCCUCAGCCUCGAGCCCAGGGCCGAUCCGGAAACAGCCGAGCGGAUCCGGAAACAGCCGAGAGGACCCGGAAGCGGUGAGCGCCGUCACCAGGGAGUGCGGGAACCCGCCGUUUGAGCGGAGGCGAUGGCGGCACCUGCGCGCCCGGCCGCGGGCGAGGAUGGCCGGCGGCGGCAGCCGGAGGCCGCGCUGGACCCCCAGCCCCCGGAGGGGGCAAAAGUUGAGGCCGAGUCAGCGGAGCUCGACCGGCUUCGGGCUGAGCUGGCAGGCGCCCUGGCAGAAAUGGAAACCAUGAAGGCUGUGGCCGAGGUGAGCGAGAGCACGAAGGCCGAGGCUGUGGCUGCAGUGCAGCGGCAAUGCCAAGAGGAGGUGGCCUCGCUGCAGGCCAUCCUGAAAGACUCCAUCAGCAGCUAUGAAGCCCAGAUUGCGUCUCUGAAGCAGGAGCGGCAGCAGCAGCAGCAGGACCGUGAGGAGAAGGAGCGGGAGCUGGGGCGCCUGAAGCAGCUGCUGUCCAGGGCUCACCCCCUGGAUUCCUUGGAGAAGCAGAUGGAAAAGGUUGGGGUUGGGACAGCCUACCCGCCCCCUCCUCCGGGAUUUGGAAAUAUGUUGAAGCAGCCAAAGAGCAAAUUCACAUCUUCCCUCAUUGGAUCCACACAGCUGCCCUGUGAGGCCCACGAGGACUCGGAGAAGCUGCGGGAGAUCGUGUUGCCCAUGGAGCAGGAGAUUGAGGAGCUGAAGGCGAAAUUGCUGAGGGCAGAGGAGCUGAUCCAAGAGAUCCAGAGACGUCCCCGGCAUCCCCCUUCCCUGCACGGCUCCACGGAGUUGCUCCUGUCCCGGGACCCAUCUCCCCCACUGGAGCCUCUCGAGGAGCUGAGUGGAGACGGGGGCGCGGCGGCCGAGGCCUUCGCCCACAACUGUGAUGACAGCGCCUCCAUCUCCUCCUUCUCCCUCGGCGGUGGGGCCAGCGGCAGCGCCUCCCUGCCCCGCAGCCGCCAUGGCCUGAGCCCCGAGCAGGAGGAGACAGCCUCUCUGGUGUCCACGGGCACCCUGGUCCCCGAGGGCAUCUACCUGCCCCCUCCCGGUUACCAGCUUGUCCCAGACAACCAGUGGGAGCAGCUGCAGGUGGAGGGGCGGCAGCUGCAGAAGGACCUGGAGAGCAUCAGCCGGGAGCGGGACGAGCUGCAAGAGGGCCUGAGACGGAGCAACGAGGACUGCGCCAAGCAGAUGCAGGUGCUCCUGGCCCAGGUCCAGAACUCAGAGCAGCUGCUGCGGACCCUGCAGGGGACCGUGAGCCAGGCCCAGGAGCGGGUUCAGCUGCAGAUGCCUAGAAGGAGGGCGUGGGCUUCCUGGCUCUCCUUCCUGAACACUGGGAGGAGUGUUCAGGCUUUGGCCUCACGGGAGACUGGAGACCCCCUGUCCCCUCAUCGCCUCGUCCUAACUGUCCAUCCCCAGGCAGAGCUGGCCACCUCGCACAAGUGCCUGAGCCACGAGGUAAAGCGACUGACUGAGGAAAACCAAGGGCUCCGGGCUGAGCAGCCUCCGUCUUCAGCCCCCCGGGGCCUGGAGCAGGAUGAGGGCCAGGAGGACUCGCUGCCCAGCUCGCUGCUGGAGCUGCGGCAGCUCGUGCGCCGCACGCAGCAGGAGGCGCGGGCCCACCAGCAGGCCCAGGAGCAUGAGGCCGAGCGGCUGCGGAUUGAGAUUGUGACCCUGCGGGAGGCACUGGAGGAAGAGACGGCGGCGAGGGCCAGCCUGGAGGGGCAGCUGAGGGUGCAGCGGGAGGAGACAGAGGUGUUAGAGGCCUCCCUGUGCAGCCUGAGGAUGGAGAUGGAGCGGGUCCAGCAGGAGCAGAGCAAGGCCAGGCAGCAGGAAGUCCUGAGGCAGCCACCGGGCUCGGGCCGCACAGAAGAGCUCUAUGUCCUGUGCCCCCAGGCCCAGCUCACAGACCUCCUCUCGGAACAGAGGGCAAAGAUGCUGCGGCUGCAGGCUGAGCUGGAGACCAGUGAGCAAGUGCAGAGGGAUUUCGUACGACUGUCCCAGGCCUUGCAGGUGCGCCUGGAACGGAUCCGCCAGGCAGAGAGUCUGGAGCAAGUGCGCAGCAUCAUGGACGAGGCGCCCCUCAGGGACGUCAGGGACAUCAAGGACACCUGAGGGGCCAGCACCGCCCACCCUGGGGGGAGACCGUCUUUCUCCACUCCUGAACCGUGAGGCCGAGGCUUUGGGGGUCUCAGGAUGGAGUCUUCACCCUCUCCAAGCCUGGGGUUGAGGUGACGGGGCCACCACUGCCCUGUCCCUCCAGCGCCUCCUCCCAGGGGUGGCGGGGCCUUCUGCUUCCAAAGAUGACCCCUGGGUGAGGGUCCCAACCCCCUCUGGAAACCAGAGGGGCAGGCUCAGCCCUGUGGCUUUCUGGCUGCUAUGCUGCCUCCUGGGCUCCAAGCCUCCCGCCCCCGGCCCCCACCCAGCCUAACAGCCAUGCCUGUUACCUCCGUCCCCUUCCCCAGGCACAGCCGAGGUGUGAGUGGUGGCUGGGAGCCCUGGGUCAUGUCCCCGGGUCCCUCCACACACGCGCCCUGGGACAGGUGGCUGCUUCCUGGACUGCAUGACACUAAGAUGCUUGUCCCCAGGGGCCCGAACCAGGCCCCAAGGUGUGCACGGAGACAAGACCAGAUUUUUCUGUCAUUUAUUUUCAAUAAAUAAGCAGCUCAGCUCAAUCAGUCGCCUUGUCCCUGCAAGCCCCACGGGGUCAGGGAGGGGAGGUUUUACAAGGGCAAAAGUGGGGGGGGCGGUUGCUGAGGGGGAGGAGACGUGAAGGGGACAUUAUGUUUA